AUGCGAAAUUGGAUAGAAAAGGGGAUGUUUAAAACAAUGAUAUCAAACCUUAUAAUUUAUUGGGAAUGUGUAAUUUAAAUAGUUGAUAGAUUAGGCUGCGUGGAAAAGAGUAAAGAUAGUUCGUUGA